AUGCCACCCUCAAGACAAUUCUACGCAACAACCUCCCCCUUCGAAGAUAAAAUCAGGUACUACCGCGCUGUCCGGCACGGCUCCCAGAUCUUCGUCUCCGGAACUACAGCAGUCGAUCCCAAAUCUUCACCCACUGCACCUCAAAUCCUCUACCUCGGAGAUGCGCGACAGCAAACACGUGUAGCGCUGAAUGAGUGUAUCAAAGCCGUUCACGCGCUGGGGGGCCAGGGAGCGGAGAGUGUUCGGGUGAGGAUGUUUGUGGUACGUGACGAUGAUUGUGGACCCGUGGGUGAAGGGUACCGGGAGAUACUAGGGAAGGGGAAAGGGGACGGGAUUGGGGCUGCAGCGACGAUGGUUGUUGAGGGGUAG